AUGGAAAGUCAAGAGUUUUAUUAUAAACUCGGAGGUACAUCUACUGUUAUGAUUGGUUGUGGAGCGUACGGGACCGUAUACAAAGGCUUACUUCUGCGCAAUCUAAUACCAGUGGCAAUAAAACGUUUGGAUUGUUACGAUAAGACAGAGCAAGGUCUGAUUGAUUUAAUGAAAGAAGCGCGUGUAAUGCAACUCUACGACCACAUCAACGUCGUUAAAUUCUUCGGCUUCAUCGUCGAUCGUGCACCUUAUCUUUUGGUUAUGGAAUACUGCAAGGAUGGUUCCGUCGAAGAUAAACUGCGCGCUGGUGGCAAACGUCUUAGUGUAGCAGCUCGCGUCGAUAUGGCGACGCAGAUUUCACGUGGUUUGGAAUAUCUUCAUUUCAAAAUGUGUAUUCACAGGGACAUUGCAACCCGAAACUGUUUGUUAUCUGGAAGUAUUGUCAAACUGGCCGAUUUUGGAAUGUGUCGAGCGACGCUCGUCUACAAAAUAGAUCUCACGAAGCCACAAAAUGUUCGUUGGCUAGCACCGGAGGUUUGGCGGUCAGGCGAAACUCGAUUCUGCACCGAUGUCUAUGCUUUCGCAAUUACACUAUGGGAAUUGUUUGAAAUACCGUAUAUCCACCCAUACAGUAACUGGAAAGCAUACAAAGUCAAAGAAAAGGUUAUGGCUGGCUAUCGAUUACCAAGCCCUGGUGAAAUGCCGGAUGCCGUGGCAACGUUAAUGAGAAGAUGCUGGGAUCAGGAUCCGAAACGACGACCAACAGCAAAGGAGGUACGCGACGAGCUAGAAGCUAUAAAUAAGAAGUACAAUGGUGAAGAAGAUGUACGCACAGCGAUCUUCUCCCAUUCAGCAAUAUUCGAUGAUUCGGCCAAGAGUCCAUCGCAUAGCAUCGGCAAAAACUCACCUUCUGGCCAUCGACAAGGCAGUACCCUAAAGCCAAAGUGA